AUGAUUGCGCGAUCUCUCUCGGCCCUCGUCUUGACCCUCGCGGUCUCAAUCGCCGCCGCCGGCGUCGGCGACGACGGCCAGGAAAAGAAACUCCAGGAGUACAUGCGCGUCGGCCGGCGCCCCGUGCGCGUGAGCCUCGCCAAGGACCGCAUCGCGCGCUUCCGCGGCGCGGGCCGCCUGCAGGGCAUCUGGAACCACAAGGACGCCAAGCCCGGCUACCUCGAGAUGGAGCUGCCGCUCAACAAGGACGACUCGAACUACCUGCUCUACACGGCGAACUGCAAGCCGGGCAAGUUCUUCAGCAACGCCAUCAACUUCGAAGAGGGCACGAUCUACGAGGUGUCGUCCUUCGUCCCGACCAAGGAGACGACCAAGGAGGUCGGCAAGUUCACCAACCCGUUCUCGGCGUUCGUCGACGACUCGACGGAGGGCGGCGACGACAGCGUCGUCGACGGCGCGGAGAACGUCGAGCGGCGCCGCGAGGAGCUCGAGGCGCUGGAGGCGAUCUACGGCGAGGAGAAGGUCUGGGUGGAGGGCGACGGCGGCGACGCGCUCGGCGUCGUCUGCGUCACGCUCGAGCCGGCCGCGUGGGCCGCGGCCGCGGCGCCGCCGCGCGUCACCGUCGCGUGCCGGCGGCCGCGCGGCUACCCCGAGAGCCGGCCGCUCGCGUUCGACGUGCGCGUCGCGGCGGCGGACCGCGCGGCCGUGCCGACGAAGACGCUCACGGGCCUGCGCGCGCGGCUCGACGGCGUCGCGCGCUCGCUCGUCGGCGACGUCGCGAUCCACGCGCUCUGCGCCGAGGCCGUCGAGGCGCUCGACGCGCUCGAGGAGACGGCGCGGCCCCUCGACGAGCAGAUGGCCCUCCGCGAGGCGCGCGAGCGCGAGACCGCCGCCGCGCGCGACGGCGCCGCGCGCCGCGCCGCCGAGGACGCGCGGCGCGCGCGCGACGCGGAGCACCGCGCGCGCGUCGCGUCGACCCUCGAGGACGAGCGCGGCGCGCUCCAGCGGCGCGCCGAGCCCCUGCGCCUCGACUCGCUCGAGGGCGACGUCGCGCGCGGGUCCCUGAGCAGCGACGAGAGCGAGGGCCCGCUCGGCCGCGGCGACGACCGCGAGUCGUCGCGGUUCCACGCGGACUUCAAGGAGGUCGGCGUGCUGGGCAGGGGCGGCUGCGGCGAGGUCUGUCGGUGCCUGAACCGCCUCGACCGGCGGACCUACGCCAUCAAGAAGGUCAGGCUCCGGCGCGGCGCGACGCGGCGCGACGCGAAGCGCCAGCUCCGCGAGGUCGAGGCGCUCGCGGCCGUGUCGCACCCGCACGUCGUGCGCUACUACCAGGCCUGGAUCGAGGGCCUCGAGGCGCCCCGGGAGCCGGAGAUGGCCUUCGAGGACUUCGACCUCUGCCAGAACUUCUCCGAGGACGACGGCUCCGACUCGUCGUCCGACGACGACGACGCGCUCGGGUCGUCGACGCGGGCGUCCGCCGUCGACCGCAAAUUCGGCGGCUGCCUCUACAUCCAGAUGGAGUACUGCGCGACGACGCUGCGCCAGGCCAUCGACAGCGGCCGCCUCGCGGGCCGCCGCGAGGACGCGUGGCGCCUCCUGCGCCAGAUCAUCGAAGCGCUCGCCUACCUCCACGGCCUCAAGCUCGUCCAUCGCGACCUCAAGCCGGCGAACGCGAACGUGCUCCUCGACGCGGCGCAGAACGUCAAGCUCGGCGACCUGGGCCUCGCGACGACCGUCGAGGACGACGACGACCGCGCGCCCGCGCGCGACCUCGCGGCGCGCGGCCCGCGUCCUCCGAACGCGACGCCGACGUCCCUGGCCGGGACGGAGCGCGCCUGGAGCGAGAGCUCGGCGACGGGCGGCGCGAUGGACGACACGAUGACGUCGCUCACGCGCGGCGUCGGCACGUUCCUCUACCGCGCGCCGGAGGUCGCGGCCGCGCGGCCCGGGCAGCACUACGCCGGGCAGGAAACAAAAAUAUGCGACACGACUUCAAUGCACUACGACCACGCCGCGGACAUGUACAGCCUGGGCAUCGUCGCCUUCGAGGUGGCCCACGCGCCCUGGGACACGGCCAUGGAGCGCGUCGAGCACAUCCAGGCGCUCCGGCGCGCCGGGGACCGGCCCGCGGCGGCGGCGCCGGGCGUCUUCGCGGCGGACGCGGACGCGACCGUCGCGGCCCUCGUGGUCGCGCUCGUGCGCCAGGACCCGGGCGAGCGGCCGGGCGCCGCGGCGCUCCUCGAGGGCCCGCUGCUGCCCGCGCGCGCGGAGCUCGAGCGGCCCCUGCUCGAGCGCGCGACGGCGGCGCUCCGGAACCCGCUCAGCGAGACGCGCGGCGUCCUCGUGGACGCGCUCUUCGACGCGCCGACGCCCGAGGUCGUGGACCUGGGCUUUGACGCGUCCGACGACGACGGCGCGAAGCCCGCGGCGCGGCGGCGGCGCGCCGCGGCGCGCGGCCACGACUUCGGCGUCGCGCCCGCGCGGCGGCGCCUCGCGGCCGCGAGGAUCGAGCGCGCGGUCGUCGCGCUGCUCGAGCGCCACGGCUGCGUGCCCUUCGACGCGCCGCUCCUGCGGCCGCGGCCGCCGCCGCGGGGCGACGGCGGCGACGGCGACGGCGGCGUGCCGCUGCUCGACGCGCGCGGCGCCGUGCUCCUGUUGCCCGACGAGUCGACGUCGGGCUUCGCGCGGCGCGUCGCGCGCCGCGCGCUCGCCCGGCCCCACUUCGGGGCCUGCCGCCGCUACGCCGCGGGCCGCGUCUUCGCCGCGCGGCCCGGCGCGCGCGGCGCCGCGCGGCCGCGCGAGCGGCGCGAGAUCGCGUUCGACGUCGUCGCGACGGCCGCGGGCCGCGAGCCGAGCGGCGCGGCGCUCUGCGGCGAGGCCCUGGCCCUCGCGGCGGCGGCCGCGGCGCUCGGCGAGGGGCCCGGCGCCGUAACCGUCGCGCUCGGCCACGGCGCGCUCGCCGGCGCGGUCCGCGCGCUCCGGUCCGACGCGUCGCCGCCGCGGUUCCGCGAGCAGCCGUGCGAGCAGCUCGACGCGCUCUUCGACGGGACUCUGCUCGCCGGGCCGCCGCGGGCGGGCCUGCGGCGGGCCGCGGCGCUGUUGGCGGCCGCGCGCGCGGCGCCGGCCGCGGACGACCGCGCGCGGAAGCGCUGGGAGGCCGCGCGGCGCGACGCCGCGGCCGCUAUAGACGACCUCGACGCGGUCCUGGCCUGCGCGGCCUACGCGGGCCUCGACGAGGGCGACGACGAGGGCGACGAGUGCGGCGCGCCCGCCGCGCGGAGCCUGUCGACGUCGCCGGGCCGCGCGACGCCGUCGUCGUGGACGUGCGAGGCGCGCCUCGAGGACCGCGCGCGGCCCGAGGAGGCGCUGCACCGCGCCGCGCGGCGGUCGCGAAAACGGGGGCCCGGCGCGCGCGUCGCCGUCGACGCGGCGCUCCCGUUGGCGCGGCCCUUCGCCGGCGGCGCGCGCUUCGCGGUGUCGCGCGGCGGAAACGUCGUCGCCGUCGGCGGCCGCUACGACGACGCUUUGGCGCGCCACGCGUCGCCCCUGGACCGCGGCGCGGCCGACGCCGCGGCCGUCGCCGUCGGCUGCCGCGUCGACGUCGACGCGCUCGCGCGCGCGGCCGCGGCCGCCGCCGACGCGGCGCCCCCCUUAGCUCCCCUCGAAUGCUUCGUCGCCGCCGAGGCCGCGCCGAGCGACGAGUCCGCGGCGCGGUCCGCGCUGGUGGUCUGCGCCUUCCUGCGCCGCGGCGGCGUCGCGGCGGACUACGCGCCGCUGCCCGCCGAGCCCGGCGCCGGCGGCAAACGCCGGGACCCGCGCCGGUCGGACCACCGCGCGGCGUGCGCGGCGUGGGCCGUGCCCUGGCUCGCGACCGUCGGCCGCGACGGCGCGCUGGCGCUCGCCCACGCGACGCGGCCCGCCCUGAACCGCGACGACCUGAGCCUGGACGAGCUGCUGGAGGCCGUGGUCCGGGGCCGCGCGCCCGAGGCCCGGGGCCGCGCGCCGCGGCCCGACGACGACGCCGUCGCUCGCGCACGCGGCGACGGCGGCGGCGGCCUUUUAGCGCAGGCGCUCCGGAGCCGGCGCGACCCGUCGCCCGCGCCGUCGGCGGCCGCCGAGGCGCCGGGCGCGCCCGCCGCCGAGCGGCUACCGGUCGGCUACGCGCACUGCGCGAGCCCGUCCGCGCCGCGCGCCGCGGACGCGCGGCGCCGCGCGGCGGCGGCGCUCGAGGCCGCGGGCCUCCGCCGCGUCCACCUCGUCGCCUGGGACGACGCCGCGCCGGCGCUCGCGUGCGUCUCCGUCGACGCCAAGCUCCGGAGCCUCCGCGCCGUCGGCGCCGCGGCCAUCGACCUCGGCGCCGACGCCGCGGCCCUCCGCGCGCGCUGCGACGACCACGGCAACGACCGCCGCGCGCUCCGCCUCUUCGUCGACGCGCUCCUCGAGGCGCGCGCCGCGAAGCGCCGGGGCGGCGCGCUCAUGGUCUACGUCUACUCCACGCACGACGACGCCCUCGACCUCCUCUCGCUGCCGCUCCCGGCGCCGGCCGCGCACUCCAAGAAGCCGAACGAGAAGGCGGGGCGCAAGGGGCGGAAGCGCUAGCCACGUCUGUGUGUAAAACGUGACCCGAA